CUUUCGGAAUGCAUAACGGACCUCUACGCCGCCAUCUUGGGAUACCUAGCAAGGAUUAUGCAUUACUAUGGUCUGACUACGGCAGUACGAAUACUAAAAAGCGUCAUUGUUUCUAAGAAUGAUAUGAAGGCCAAAUACGAACCCGUCGAAACUGCACAGGCAAAGUUUAGGCGCCUUAUGGAGAUUUCAGGAGCUCAAGACUUGGGAAGCGCUGUUGAUGGUAUCCAAGGAAUCGAACAGCACCUUAAAGACAAGGAUGGACGGGAUCAGAUGGAAAUGCAGUCCCUUAGAGAUACCAUGAAGGAUUUGCACCAACCAAUCGAUCGCAUUGACAGCCGUCUUGGACAGAUUCAAGAUGGCAUUGAGCAACAGAUGCGGACGCAAAUCCUCAAGGCCAUUUCCACCAUACCAUACGGCGUUCACCACAAAAUUGCCAGCAAAGGUCGCUUGGAGGGCUCCGGCAGAUGGCUUUUAAAUAAAUCGACUUUCAGUGACUGGAGAAAGAGAAGUAAUUCGUCUGUGCUAUGGCUUCACGGCAUUCCCGGCUCAGGAAAGACCAAACUGGCGUCUCUAGUUGUGGACGAGGUU